GAGGUCUAGGUCGCCGGGUUCCUACUAGCUAUGAGCCGGCUGUGGGGCGGCCUGCUGCUGGGGACGCCGCGGGCGUGUCGCGGAGUGCUGCUGGCCCUGCCGUGGGGAAUGUGCGCGGGGGCCAUUGCCACCCAGGCCUGCAGCUCCACACCCGCCCCGCACGGCCUCGAGGGCCCGGCGCGCGCGCGCUCCUACUGGCGCUAUGUGAGGCGGCUGAUGUGGGGUGCCCCGAAGCAGCCCUACGCGCACGUGUGCCAAGUUGGGGACCCGGUCCUGCGCACUGUGGCCGCCCCGGUGGAGCCGGCGCAGCUAGCGGGGCCCGAGCUGCAGCGUCUGGUGCAACGGCUGGUGCAGGUGAUGCGGCGCCGGCACUGCGUGGGGCUGAGCGCGCCGCAGCUCGGGGUGCCGCUGCAGGUGCUGGCUCUGGAGCUCCCGGAGGCGCUCCUCCGCGCCUACACGCCUUGCAUGCGCGAGGUCCGCCAGAUGGAGCCCUUCCCCCUGCGCGUGUUCGUGAACCCCACGCUUCGCGUGUUGGACAACCGCCUGGUCACCUUUCCUGAGGGCUGCGAGAGCGUCUCCGGCUUCCUGGCCUGCGUGCCCCGCUUCCAGGCCGUGCAGAUCUCAGGGCUGGACCCAAGAGGACAGCAGGUGGUGUGGCAGGCGAGUGGGUGGGCAGCCCGCAUCAUCCAGCAUGAAAUGGACCACUUGCAGGGCUGCCUGUUCAUUGACAAAAUGGACAGCAGGACGUUUACAAAUACCCAUUGGAUGGAGGUGAACGACUAAAGCUUUCCUCCUGCUUCUGAGGAUUCUGAAAACCAGGACACACACACUUUGGCUUUGAGCUGGGCAUGUGUUACUUGGCAUCGACUUGGUACUGGCUUGCAUCAGACAGAAAACAAUGGACUGCCAAGCAUGCCGAGUUGCAGGAAGAUAUUAGAAAUGUUUGCCUGAAAUCAUCUGUGGACACAAUAUUGUCUUCAACUUGACAAGAAAAACGAACUCCCUGAAGCAGUGGACUUUUCCUGACAAUUUUGUAUGGAGAGAACCGGGGGCAAGUAAAUAACCAUUCUCAGUAGAAAUUACUUCAUAGGACCUGUAUGAUCUAUUCCUAAAGCAAAGAUUUCAUAAUAAUGUAGUCCCAAAAUAUCUGGUGGAAAUCCUUGUUUACAAAUGCGGGUAAGAGUGUUGACCAUCUUCACUGAGUUCUUAUUUUUACAAAGGGUUUGUGUGUAUGUAUCUAACCUGCAGAGUCCAUGGUUUGCCUUGGACACCAGCUUCCUUGUGGAAGUAAACAGGACGGAAUGGCCCCAGUUUAAGGAAGUGUUUGAUGCCAGUGUUAAUGUAAGUAAGUACCCACCCAUUUUAACAGGUUCAAAUAUAGUUUAGGUCUCUACCUUUCGCCUUCCACUUUUAACAGACUUGGGGAAGAUGUUUCUGCUCAGAUUUCUUGGGCAGCUGGUACCUGGCUUAGUCACUGAGUAGAGGCCAUUGAGCAGGGCUGGGGACAGGUUGAUAGUUGAGAGGGAGCAACAAGCCUCUUCCUUAGUCAUAAUUAGGAUAGAAACAGAAAGCAGAACUUGUGCUUCUUGGUCACAAUUAAUUUGGAAAAAUAAAUUAGCAUCAUGCUGACCAGAGUAAGAAACUGGAGGAGCAUUGUCAAGAGCUUCUUGGUCACAAUUAAUUUGGAAAAAUAAAUUAGCAUCGUGCUGACCGGAGUAAGAAACUGGAGGAGCAUUGUCAAGAGGUGAAGAAACUUCAGUUUCUUUCAUUAUCUUACCUCAUUUUUAUGUCCUGAGUUUUGCAAUGUACCUUUACCAAAUAAAGUCCCCAAGAUUGAUGUAGACAUGUAGUAGGAAGUCCAAUAAGUUGUCUAGAGAAAAAGUGUUUUAAACAGUAGUUUAUUAAACAAACCCAGGAAAGACCCACUCUCCCCUAACGCUUUCUCUAAACAGGCCAACUCUGGGGACUUGGCCCAAGCAAAGUAAACUGAUUCUGUGCAUUAAAGCUUCAGAAAGGAAUCAUGACCAAGCACUGCCCCAAGCAAGGUUAGAGACUCAGACUUUGGGGAAGUUUGUAGAAAGUUCCCCUUUAUAAUGAAAACAUGGGUCUUUACACAAAUCAGAAUUCACUCAGCCUCUUUUUAUCUGGAUAUUGUUCCGAUGAUCCUGUGGAGUGGCACUGGGGACAUUCUGCUGCUUCCAUUUAGUGUUCCGAAGUUAACAGUCUUUAGUAGCAUCUUUGUGACAUAGAUCAGUAGCACUUGCCUCCAGCUUCCUGACAGGGAGGCCUAAGAGUAAGCGUUUGCUCAGAGUGGAAUAUGGAGGAAGCCUGUUGUUGUUAGGUGUCUUUAAGUCGAUUCCAACUCAUAGCGACCCCACGUACAACAAUGAAACAUCGCCCAGUCCUGUGCCAUCCUCACAAUUUUACACCUGAGGCCAC